AUGGUUAGAACGAGAGGGUUAGGUCGUGCCUUAGGCAGAGUUAUAGGUAGAGCCCUAGGGAGAAAGGAUCAUCAUGAUUCAUAUGAUGUUCCCCAGCGACCAAGGCCUACAGCAUCUGCACGUAGGCAACGAGAAGUUGCCCCUAUUGCUGAGGAUGAUCCUAUGCUUACUGAAGACAUACAUGCAUAUGGUGAAGAAGUUGUUGAUGAUGCUGAGGGAUUUCUAGGUAGGCCACAUGACCCAUCAGUGCUGACUGACUAUGGUGACCUUGUUGCAGUCAUUGUGUGGAAUGGAGAGUUAUCCUCCCAUGGAAGGAAGGUUCAGAAAUUUGGGAGGUCUGCUCUAGAAAUUGAAAGGUUAGUCGCUGCCACAGGAUUAAGUCCUUUGAUCGCAUGUUCAGUAGACACUGGCCAUCAGGGACUGAUAUCCGCUUUUGUGGAGAGGUGGCAUAAGGAAACUAGUAGUUUCCAUCUUCCUGUUAGAGAGCUGACCAUCACCCUGGAUGAUGUGGCAUCUCUACUUCAUCCUCCAAUUAUUGGCGCAUUCCACAGCUUUGAGCCUCUUCAUGUCGACAAAGCGAGUGGAAGCUAUGCAUGGGGAGCAGCCGCCUUAGUGCAUAUCUAUGAUCAUUUGAAUGAUGUUUGUAAGAGCGGCGACCGACAGCUUGCUGACUAUGAUGAGAUCCCACCAUGUGCCUGCCAGUGGAUUGCUAUGAAGGCUUCUUUGAAGUCAUUACCUGCAUCGACGUACAGGAAAUGUCUAGAUGGACUAAUGAGUCCUAAUGUUUGCUGGAUGCCUUACGGUGAGCACCAUGGAGUGUGGGACUUUGAUUUGAUUUCAUGCUUUUCAGGUCAUCUACAAUCGGGUCCUGUUGUGGUCAGACACCGACCAGAGAGGGUGGUGCGACAAUUUGGAUACGUUCAGACCAUUCCUCCACAGACUACGACUUCCAUGUUAUCAUUUGAAGAUAUUGACAAUAGGUGGAUGCAUUACUCUGACUAUCUUGCAGUAGCAGGGCAGAUUUGUAUUGUGCCAGGACAAUGUGCAUCCGAUUACAUGGAGUGGUUCUUCAUGAUUUCUCAUCCGUUCAUGACACCGGCAGAGCCUGCUGAUCUGCCCAGACAUCCACCUGCGAUGCAGGAUGACACAUAUGUGGAGCCAUAUAUCCCUGAGGUCCCAGUGGCACCAGCAGCAGCACCGGCACAUGCCCCUUCUUAUGUGGAGCAGCCUCAUACAGUGGAGGCUUGUCAAGCAAUCGCAGAAAGGUUGGACCGUCUGCUCAACCUAAGGAUAGUUACUGCUGGCACAAAAAUACACGAGGUCGUGGAAGACUGA